GGAACUGCACGAAGAUGAGGCUAUCUCGAGCCGAACAUAAAGACAUAGUCCGAUGCACUGAGCACCUCAGACCUACGCGUCAGUGUAUGAAGAUACUAAAGGAGAGAUUUCCAAAUCACUCGCAGUCCACUCUUCUGAGCAUCUUCUCCCUGGAGUACCAGAAAAGGACAAAGAAAACCAUCUCCCGACACCAUGCACCAGAUGUCAUCGAGAGACACUACCAAAGGUAUCUGAGUGCAGCCAAGGCCCACCCUACGGCCCCGGUUCUCCUGGAGUUGGCCAAUGAGGUGGAUCUCUCCCCUGCUCUGAUGGCUCGCGUCAUACUGGACAGGUACCUCCAGGACCCGCAGGGUGCAGUGCCAUCUAAGCCAGUCCUCAAUAGUAUGCUGAAAGAGCCAUCACUGAUUCCAGACCAGACUCUAGCCAAGCACAUCUACCAGUGCACAAUAAAUGACUGCUGUUAUGGACCGCUGGUAGACUGCAUCAAACAUGCCAUCGGCCAGGAGCACGAAGUCUUGCUGUGUGACAGGCUGAAAGAGAGGAACCUAUCCUUUCUGGAUGAAAAUCAACUGAGAGCCAUGGGCUACGACAAAACACCGGAUAUUAUACUAGAGGUGCCAAUAGUUGUUGAAGGACAUAUUGUCCACUGGAUUGAGAGCAAGGCCUCGUUCGGAGACGACCAGAGCCACUGCACCUACCUCACUGAACAGUUUUGGAGCUACUGUAACAGGUUCGGGCCAGGCCUGGUGAUCUACUGGUAUGGCUUCAUAGGGGAGCUGGACUGCAAGCGAGACCGCGGAAUCCUCCUCAAGGAAUGCUUCCCCACUGACAUCGUCACACUUUGCCAUGGCGCCCGCCACGAAGGCCCCGCCCCCCCUGGGAAAAUAACAACAACGCCGACGACAACAACCGCAGAAGAAGAGUCGUCUUGAUUGACAGGUCAAGAAAGUUUGGCGAAAGAAUAAUGGCGCCUGGUACAUGGGUGGGGGGGAAGGGAGGUAUAAGAGAAAAGCAGAGGAAGGGAGGUGGAGAGGAAGGGUAAACGUGGAGCUAUGCAGGCUGGGAUAGAUGGAUCCGGAAGCAAUUUAGUCUUCCUGCAGUGGGAGACUACCAGCAAAAAAAUAUAUUGCCCUGAACUGUAACUGACCCUCUUUCUAUUUCCAAAUGUUUUGUUUUUUUUACUUGGUAUCUCCCUCUGACCCACCCUGUUCUCUCUCUCUCUCUCUCCCUCGCUCUCGCUCUCUCUCACACACACACACACACACACACACACACACACACACACACACACACACACACACACACACACACACACACACACACACACACACACACACACACACACACACACACACACACACACAGCCGCCAUUCUACACAUCUGCCAUUCGCCCCCCCGCACCACAGUGUGAAGCCCUGUCGUGAACCUUUCCAGGUUGCAGCCAGCUCCUUGGCCUCUCCGAGUAUCCAGACCAGUCGAGGGGGGGCGGGGGGGGUUAAGGCGGUGGGGAGGGAGGGGGGUGUCGGUGGGGCCAAGAGGACGUGAGGCUCUCCCUUAUCACUUCCAAGGCGCUGGCCCUUCUCACUCCUUCCUGCUCUGCUCAGCGGGCAGAUAAAGAAGGAGUGGCCCGGGUGAGGGGUGGGGGAUCUGUCUCUCACCUACGUCACUCACUGGCCCCUCUGUCACACCACGGCACAGGAAACGGGAGCACUUCUGAUUAAAGUCGGACCCCGCCGUGACCUCCUUUACGGGCGUCGUUAGAAAAAGGAAAGAAGAUACCGAUGGCUUACCGUGGAGGCAUUUUAAUCAUACAGAAAUAAAUUGUUUUGUUGUGUUAUUAUGGGGUUCUUUAAAGUUGCCAAAUGUUUUGCUUUCUUUUAUCAUUCAAUUGUAAUUCUGUUAUUCCAACUCUGUUUAUGUUUAUUCUCAAAUAAAUUCAAUUGAAAAUUA